AUGCCAGAACAGGAUGACGACCGUUCAGACGAAAGUGGAUGGGGACCGCGUGAUCCUCACUGUGCCUGGUUGAAGACACUACAAGAUAUGGCUGCCAACCGAUGUCAGUGGUGUUCUUGUUGUCAGUUUCUAUCCAGAUUACCUGAGGGCAGUGAAGCAUCGGUGUUGAACACUGAUGUCAUACUGCCGAUGAUGAUGAUGAUGAUGAUGAUGAUGAUGAAUGAGUAG